UGGGAGAAAAAGGCACUCCAGAAACUCCUGAAAAUAAAAGAUGACAAAAUGACCACUAAAGAGGUGCAGAAGGAGCACUUGGAGAAGACAAAGCAAAGACAGGAAGAGGCCAAAAAAGCCCUGAAGGAUCUGACAGAAAUGCUCAAGAGCCGCAGCCACAGCCAGGAUGCUCUGAGGGAGAAAGCAGAGACUCUGUGGCGAGCCAUGGAGAUUCCCAGAGAGUUCUGGCCACAGCCAAAGAAGCCCUUGGUGGAUAUGCUGGAGAGCAUCCAGAAGCAGCAGGAGCAGCAGGAGCUGUCAGCAGGCAGGAAGGAGAACAUCCCUGACACGGAGGUGCUGAGGCGGGCGUCAGGGGGACUGGCCCUGCAGGGCAUCUACAGAACCAGCAGACCUGAAGAUGUGCUGGCAAAGAGAGAGCAG